GAAUUCACCAGUCUUUAACCCCGUGCUGUGAAAUAUCACCUUAUGGCCACAAAAGGCUGACUGCCUAUUCAAAUGCUCUUUAGUGAAGGCAGCCAAAAGUGAGCCAGGCCUCUGCACACACUCUGUAUGUUACCAUAGCAACACUUGUCAACCAGGAAGUCCUGUAGUGGUGGAGCAAGAGAGAGAGAUAGAAAGAGAGAGUGAGAGCAUGUGUGUGUCAGUAUGUGAGAGGGACUUAACAGAGGUUAAGUAGACGGGAGCAAAAACCAUUGAGGGAGAGAGAGAAGGAGCUGACCGUGAAAGCAGACAAAAAGAGAGGAAAAAGUACAGAUAGAAAAGGUUGGACCUAAAAGGUACUUUUCUACAAAGCAGACCAACCAGCACUUUGGGAAUUGUGUGUGUCAUCCUGGGAAAUCUGUGCGUGGCAGCGCUGUCACACACAUACACACCCACACAAACCGGUAGUAAGAUCUGAGAGAUUACUGAAUAGGAUCCCUGCUGAUGACAUGCAGUCUCAGAAAAGAGUGGAGGUGUAUGAUCAUCUUAAUGGCUCGCGGAUCAUUUUCUCAGAUGAGGCUCUUCCCAGCAGUGGAUCAAGACAGCACUUCGUGGCUCCGGAUAUGACCCAGGAAGUAGUAGUAAUCUCUCCUGGUCUUCCUACACCUCCUUUAAGUCCGUUUCACAACAGUUCAGCCCCAUCGUCUUCGCAGCACAAGGUUGCAGAGGUCAAUGGAGGUGGAUUCCCAUCACACAGUUUUGGAUCCUACUAUGGAACGACUCAGACAAAUAUUGGAUUAUCCAAUGGUGGAAUCCAGAGUGGGGGUUCUGCCACAUUACCCAGGACUUCUGCCACCCGAGAGGAGCGCUUAAUAAAGUUCUCUGGAAUCGGUCCUGUAGAUGAGACGGGCAUGCCGAUCGCAUCCCGAUCUAGCGUAAACAAGCCUAAGGACUGGUAUAGGAGCAUGUUCAAACAAAUCCACAAGAAACCAGAGGAGCCUGAGCUUGACUGGAGAGAAAGGAAGCUGUCAUCAUCUCCUCCCCCAGAUUCUGCCCAGCAGGACAGGCGCUCAGACCCUUUCACUCUCACCCCGCACGGAGCCCUGCCCGACUGGGCUGAUCUGGGCGAUACAGGGAAGCAUCCAGAACCAAAGAGUAUUUUUGACUUUGAGCCUGGAAAGGGAGAAGUGGUAGAAGAUCGUAACAAGUCUCUGAGGUCUGAGUCACAGCUGCCUUUAUAUCACAUCCCGGUGAAACCUCAAUCCCAAUCUCCAUCCAUAGAGGCGACACUGGUGUCGGAGCUGAACCGCUUUGAGGCGGAGCUAGACUCAGACAUUCGUGGUCUGGAGAGGAAACUGUCACAGAAACAGCAGCAGCGGCGAGGCAGGGGUGAGGGAGCUAAAGCCAACACAGCAGCCACAAGAACAGAAGAGAACAGACAAGAAAACAGCUAUCCCAUAAUCCCCUGCUCUGCUGUAAAGCAGGGCACAACAGCUAGCUUUGUGCAUGCUGAUGGUCGCACAACUUCAGACAUGGAUUUCCCACCUAAGAAAGAAGAAAGGAAGAUGAAAGCAGCCCGAGCCAAAUUUAAUUUCCAAGCACAGUCACCAAAGGAGCUGACAAUACAAAAAGGUGAUGUUGUGUACAUACACCGGCAGGUGGAUGCCAACUGGUAUGAAGGAGAGCAUCAUGGGAGAGUGGGAAUCUUUCCCACCAGCUAUGUGGAGAUCAUUCCUCCAACGGAGAAGCCCACUCCAAUAAAGUCUCCCACCAUCCAGGUGUUAGAGUAUGGAGAGGCCGUAGCCCUGUUCAACUUCAAUGCUGACCUGCCUGUGGAACUGUCCUUUAGAAAGGGCGAGGUGAUCUCAAUCAUCAGGCGUGUUGAUGAUCACUGGCUGGAGGGUCGUAUCGCUGGCACCACCCGAAGUGGAAUCUUCCCCAUCAACUACGUCCAGGUCAACAAAAUGCCCCGCACUAAAAGCAGUGAUGACUUUCCAUCUUCUCCCACUCCUACCCCAGAGCCCCUCAGUCCCGGCCGGCCACAGCACUCCCCACUGUCUCCCUUGUCACGCUCCCCUGAACCCCAGCUUUCACCUCACAAACACUCCAGCCAAUCACGCUCCCCACUGUCACUUGCACAGCCCACCUCUCCAAAACCAUCAAACCACUUUUUGUUCUCGCCUGGCCCCACUUCAUCCACCCCACACAUGAACAACUGGACUGGAUUGCUGCACUCUCACAGCCCACUGGACACCAGAUCACCUGCGUCACCCUCCAAUCAUGUGCUGACAUCUCCGCAGGGCCCGGGACUGCCAGCGCACACCAGCUCGCACCCUCCGUACGUCACACAGGAUGGGACCAGAACACAAUCUCCACAACCCAACACACAGGUUAAGAUUCCCUCCACAUCACAGUCUCCUGUGAACAUGGGUUAUUCGCGACAACCGUAUAAAGCAGUUUACAACUAUAAACCCCAGAAUAAAGACGAGCUGGAAUUGAGAGAAGGAGACAUCGUUCAGGUCAUAGAGAAGUGUGAUGACGGCUGGUUUGUAGGUACGUCUGAAAGGACCCAAGCUUUUGGAACAUUCCCUGGCAACUAUGUGGCACCAGUUUAAGAGCUUCCACCAAUUCUUCCUGGCAGAUACUAUUUCACUGACACUACAGGCUCAACCACUAAUCAAUGCAAUAUACAUUCUGUCUGUACUGUCACUGUAUACUAUAUACAAAACUACUGCCCCUGUUUACACUCACACACAUAUAUACUUAAAAACUCUUCCUUCACAUCCUCCACCAAGCAUGUGCACUCCUCACCUUAUUACUAUGGUGCCUAUUUUCCCAUAGUAACUCUUGCAGACUCUUACAGAUGUUGGACACAGAUGGGUUUGUCACAGUAUGAUCACUCACAUGUGUGUAUUUGUGAUGAAUCCACACUGCAUUAUGCUUUGAAGAUCAUUACAUUUAUUUUUUCCCCUACAACACUAUUGACAUUAUCUAAGCUGACUUUCUCAAUUUUAAUGUCUUUGUAAAGUUUACCUCCAUUUUGGUUUCAGAUUUGUAGCAACAUUGCCUAUGAACACUACAUAUCCUGAAGAUCUGGAUCUAAGACAUGGUUUAAAAAAAGCAUCAUUUUUUUUUUUUUAACGAUCAUCACAGUUGUCAUAUACUUGCUGGCUUAGCUGACCGCCACAUCAUAUUAUAAACACAACCGCAGUCUUUAAGCGCUUAAUGCAAUUGCCUCCAAAUGUUUAAACUGUAUUAGGUUCAUGUUUAUUGUGUAACAAACCCAGCAUGCAACAUUAUCUUAAGCUUUAGGACAGGGGAAGUGUUGGGGCAGUGCUGUUUCAAACUCUUUUGUAUGGAUAAGUCUCCUGCUCAGUGAAAAAUCAGUUAGGGUUUGACAUUUUGUGGUGGGUUCCAUCCAAACUAGAUUAAACAUCGUUUCUGACUCUA